UGACAAUUCCAGUUUUCUCUUUUCACAAAAAACACGAACAUGUUUUGAAAUUCUGUUAAAUGUUUUCGUAAGCUUUCAAUGUUCGAGUUCUUCAACUAACUGCCGAUCGACCAGAGCAACUCCAAAGUGCCCGUACAUGCCCUCCCCCACUAAUGUCAUGAGAUGAUAUUCAAAAUCAGCACCAAAUAGAGCGCUACAAGCAGAGGCCGCUAAACACAGACGUUGGAUGCCAAGCAGUCGGAGAUCUUAACCAACACCAGUUUUGCCGUUCGCCAGGGGACGCGGCCAAAAACGAAGAACAGCAGCAGCAGCAGAGCAGCAGCAGCACAAGCCUACCAAGCAGAACCACCACACACCUCACCAUCAUGGACAGCGCCGGUAAAAAUCGUUAUGAGCUCUUGUUCAUGGACGACGAUGUCAGCGAUCCAUUAGAUAAUCUUGUGGCGCCGACGGCCGCAGCAGCAACGGCAGCAGCCGCAGCUGGCAAGAAGAAGCAGACGACUGCUACGGGUGGUGCUGCAUCGGGCGCCAAGACCGCCGCCAAGGUACCCAAGGCACCCAACACUGCCACCGGUGGACCCAAUCCCAAGAAGCCCAACCAGGCCGAAAAGGAAAACAAACCGAAUGCCCUGAACAAGAACGAUGGCAAGAAGUUCGCGGCCAAUGGAGAGAAACAGCAGUUCAACAGAGACAACAAACAAGGUGGUGGUGCUCCUCGGCCGGGUGGUGGUGGAGCUGGCAACCGAACACGUGAAUUCGGCAGCGGUCAAGGACAGGGAGCUGGUCAGGGCCAGGGACAGGGACAAGGACAGCAGCAGCAGCGCAGCGUAAACUUCCGUCAGCAGAACGGCAAUGCCGAGACACGCGAGCAGCGCAACAACCGUCGCAAUGUCCGCGAGAACGGAGGAGCUCCCGAUGGCCAGCAGUCGCGUCCGUAUCGCGGCAAUCAAGGUGGCGGCCCAGGUGGUGCUGGCGGCGACAGGCCCCAGCGUCAGAAUCGCAACUACGAUGGCCAGAACAGGAAGCGCGAGUUCGAUCGCCAGUCGGGAUCAGACAGAACCGGUGUCAAGGCUGUGGACAAGCGCGACGGAGCCGGAGCCCACAACUGGGGAUCGGUCAAGGAGGCCAUCGACGACGUCAACAAGAACGAAAGCGAGACCAGUGUGAACAAUGCCGAGGGCGGCAGUGGCGCCGGCGGCAACAAGGCUGACGAAUCGGGCAACGAGCAACAGACAGAGCAGCAGGCGGCCGCCGAGGAGGAGACCAAAGAGCUGACCCUGGACGAGUGGAAGGCACAGCAGGGGCAGCGCAUCAAGCCGACCUUCAACAUCCGUAAAGCCGGAGAAGGUGAAGACACUUCCCAGUGGAAGAAGAUGAUCGUCCUGAACAACAACAAGAAGAAGGAGAAUGAGAGCGAAGAGGAACUUGAAUACGAUCCUGCCAUGUACCCACAGCGCGUCGGCCGCCAACAGCGCGUCCUAGACAUCCAGUUCAACUUCAAUGACGGUCGUCGUGGCGGACCAGGAGGCUUUGGCGGGCGUGGCGGUGGACGCGGUGGCCCACGUCCGGGCGGCGGCAUUGGCGGUGGACCGCGCGGCGAGGGCGGCAACCGUGGCGGACCACGGGAGGGCGGUGCUUCCUCGGGACAGCAGUACAACAACCGGGCGGACAAUGAGGGCGGCAAUGGCGGUGCUGCUUCGGCUGCUCCGAACAACCGGCCGCCAAUCGAUCGUCGCGGUCCGGGUGGCAACAACAACCAGAACAGUGGCGGUGGACCAGGACCCAAUAAGCGCUUCGAUCGGCAACAGAAUACUGCUCCCAAGGUGAACGAUGAGCGCCAGUUCCCCACGCUGGCUUAAGGAGGAGGAGAGUUCUUCAACUUGAUUGAUGUUUUGGUGACUGACAAGAAGGGGCAGGAGGAGGAGUAGCAAGGAGCGAGGAGCAAGGAGCUAGGAGCAAGGAGAGCAGGUUACCAAAAUAAAAACUUAUAAAUUAAACAUAAUAUCACAGACAAGAGAAACCUUCGAAACAGAAAAUCCAAUUGUAGCCGCCAUAAAAGCCAAAAGCAACAAAAACAAAAAUAAAUAACCAUUUAAAGCAAUUCUAGUUUAUGCGUGGCUCGAAAUUCGAUUUUAUUCCUAAAAUCAUGAUUCAAAUGAUGGCUUCGUAUAAGCAAAGAGUCCUGCUAGGGCUAGGGCUAGGGCUAAAGGAUAUUUAAAUUGUUUUUUAUUGCAAUUGAAAGUUGUUUUUUUUAUGUUAUCACUAUCACACACACACCACACACACACCACACUCACCCCACACACACUCAACUCACUCACUUAACUCAUCCUAAUAAUCAAAUCACUUAGUAAGUCGCUAACUGACGAGAAAAAAAUAAGGAAUUAUGAUGACACGGACGGAGAGGACGGAGGAGCAUCACGCAAUAAAAAAAAAAUACAAAAAAUAAUACAAGAAAUAAUAGUAAAGCAGUAAAGCAUUUUCAUUAUUACUCAUAUGAUUUUUGUUCUGUUACAUUUUUUGUCACAUUUUCGAAGAGAAUGUGUAAGCUUUUAUUUUUACUAUGUUAACUUUUAUUUAAAAAAUAAAGCAAAAACUAAAUGGACAAAUAUUUAACUCAGUAGUUGGAAAAAAAAAAAAUACAAAAAAAAUAAAUAAAGACUAGUAAGUGUUAAAGAAAAAAGAAAUUAAACCUUUGUAAUUGUGUUUCUUGAUGCAAGUUCUACGAUUUAACUUUUAAAUUUAAUAAUUAUAAAAAGCAACCCUAUGCAUCAUAUAUACUAUCUACUUUUAAAUAUAAAAAAAAACUAAACUGAAACACUGAAAUACAAUACAAAAAAAAAAAAAAAAACAAUAUUACUUUAAGCAUUAUUAAAGAAAUAAAACAGAAAAAUAAAACAAAAUAUUAUAUAUUUGAAUAACCAUUGGAGCAAAAAAAAAUAUAUAAACAUUUAAUAAGUAGAUUUAAAAAUUCCACCAAACAGUUGGAGCGCUUUCAAGUCAGAAAAAAAAAAAAACAAAAAAACACACAAGAUCCCUGUAAAAUUGUUUCUUCUACAAUUAGAAAUUGUA